AUGCAGGGUUUGUGGUCCCGAGCUGCGUCGGCGUCGCAGUCGACCUGUCAUUGCGUCUCGUGUUUGAGCACGACUGCCAAUGGCGUUACCUCGAGAUCAGCCGCAGCCGCGAGCAAGAGACGCCUUCGCAUAGGAAAUUCGUUUACAGCACUAUAUACUAGCAUAUUUGCCGCAGCUGCCCUCGCGGACGCCAGAGCCAAGGCACAACGCCGCCAUGAUUGGGAAGAGAAGAUUGCGGCUGUAAAGGCCGAAGUGAAUGAACUAGUGGACGAAGAACAACGGUUGCUCGAAUCUUUACAAUCGCGGAGGAAGUCACGAGGACUCGAGCGAUUAUUGUAUGAUGGGGCGCUGGGAAGCAUUCCAUUGAACUCCUCUUCCGCGACUCGCCAGCGAACCAUAUCGAAGCAGCCAACAAGGUCCUUGCACACUGAUCGGAGGAUGGGAAAUAGUACGAACACACAGAUAAUGGAGAAAUUUCAGCUCGAGGAUGAUAUUGAGACCCCUAACUGGCCUGAGGAGCAAGAUGGUUACGAUGCCAGGUUUGAGGAGGAGGUAGACAUCGAGGACAUGCAAGCUAGACAUGAAUUUUUACCGAGCUGGGCUCUAGAAGAUCCUAUGCGCAUCAAGGCCAUACAAAAAUUGGCGCUGAGACAAUUUGCAAUUCGCCUACUUCUCCGACCGACAAUUGCCCAUCGCUACUCUGGCCUUCAGAUGAACUACACUCGCGAUUUCGAAGUUCCUCAGAUUAACGUACCAAACAUGCUCGAAGAAUUGAACGUUAUUCGCCGCCGCAUUACGAAACUCCGAACUUCCGAAGAUUCACUAUACCGUGACAUAGUAGAAGAUAUUACCAGCAUGGGUGCUGAAGGCUUGGAGGAAAAGAGUCGGGCCCUCGAUACUGAAAUCGAGCAGGAUUUACAAUUAUACACGAGCAACCAGAUGUCUCUAGAGGAAAUCAUUUUGCGAAUCUCCGAGAACCUGCUGAGUUCGGUGGAUCCCGAUCGUACCAGGGCAUUUAGGGCCAUUAUCAUUGCUUUCGCUCAAACUCGUCAAAACGACAUCAAUGAAUUGCUGCUACGAACAAUCCUGCCGCAUCGUUUCCACUUGAGUGCCUCGAUGGUAAUGACCAUUUUGAGCUUCUACCGCAAGUCGAAGAAUCUCAAGGACUUCGACCUUUUCCUCCAAAUGCUUACUGGGGAAGGCUGGUCAGCAAAUCUAGGCUCACUUGCACCCUAUGCUCGCCGAAAAUUCAACGGGCUGGAGGUGGUUGUCCCGCCGAUCGACAGCAAUAACGUCCUCAUUUAUUCCGAAUUAAUAAUCUGCGCGUUGCGCUUCAACCAGCCAGAUCGAGCUGAUGCGUGGCUUCAGGCGGCAAGGCGUGUUGGAUUCUUUGACAACUUCGCAACGUUGUUCUCUUAUAUCAAGUUCUACAGCAUCAGGCAAGACUGGGAGAAAGGCUCUGCGGCAUUGAAAAGAGCGAUCACUUUCCUCGUAUCAUCAACAGGCCUAGAUGGUCAACACAUUGAGCGUUUGAUAGUGCUCAUGUCUCAUCUCUGCGAUUCAUGUGGCCGCAAAGAUGUAUCAGGCGCCUUGAUAUCUGAGGCUAUGAACAGUGGUUUCCACCCUUCCAUAGCAUCAUUACAAGAAGAUGUCACACCUGUAACGGACAGUAGGUUCGCCCGGUGGUCAGAGGCUGCCAAGUCAGCGCCCAAGAAGAACGCCCGUCGUCCUCAAUGGCAGAAAUGCUCAGACUUUGCCCACACGUUUGGUAACCGCCUGCACCAUCUUGAGAUGACACAUGAUGACUCGCGAACCCAACAAUUUGUUACCCACGCUGCACGCCAUGCGCAUAGUGCCUUGCGGGCUGGUCUUGCCUCCAAUUCUUCCGAACCGACACAAUCCCCGGAUGCACGCAGCGAAGUCUCUGUCUUGAAGACGGAAGUAGCUGAGCUUCGAGAACUUGUCUUUGAAUUACGCAGGCAUCACAUUAAGGAUUCGUUCAAGCAAGACGAUUCAUAUUCUCCCUCAGACCAAGAGCAUGAAGAACACACCCUGAACCCCGAUGCAUCCACCCCUCCUACCUCCGAUCUUGCCCCCAAACCCCAAGAAACCUUUUCAGCUCCACGAAGCGUUCGAUUCCACAAGGCCGCUUCGGAAAAAGCCCAUGAUAAAAAAGGUCGACAUUGGAAAAACAUUCAUGCGUCCUCUGUAAUAUCCAGUGAGAAACGGGGCAAUGUUCGCUCCUCGACAUACGAGAAUCGUCUCUAG